AUGGCUGCUCCAGCUUCUGCAGAAUGGGCGUGGAAUACUUCCACUCCAGGAAGACAGAACAGAGUCUCUCCUACUUCACUGCUCUUCAAUCAAAGCCUAGUGUCCAAGGACCGAGAUCUCGUUUCCCAAUCGAUAGGUCUCUUCUUCAUGCUGUUGGUUGACCUAGUCGGGAUCAUCGGAAACACUGCAGUGAUGUUUGUAAUUAUCAGGACCCCAUUGUUCAAAAAAUUUGUUUUUGUUUUCCAUUUGUGUCUAGUGGACCUGACAGCUGUCUUAAUCCUCAUGCCCUUAGGAAUGGUCUCCAGCUCCGCUCUUUUUGACAACAUAAUUUUUGGCGACACCUUGUGCCGGAUAUACCUCUUCCUAAGCAUGUUAUUUAUAAGUGCCUCCAUACUGUCCAUACUGGCCAUUAAUGUUGAGCGAUACUAUUACAUUGUACAUCCCAUGAGAUAUGAGGUAAGGAUGACACUGAAGCUGGUAGUGUCGGUCAUUAUCUGCAUAUGGAUUAAAGCCAUCUUAAUGUCAAUAAUGUCAGUCUUGGGUUGGAAUUCGCAAGCACGUGUGAACAAUCAGUGUUCCUGGCAAUGGGGCGGAGAGACAUACAAAAAGGUUUUCAUCAUUUUCUUUGGCCUAUUUUAUUUUUUGUUCCCUGUGUUAAUUAUCCUGAUAGUUUACUGCAACAUGUUCAAGGUGGCCAGGGUAGCAGCAAUGCAACACGGACCCUUGCCCACCUGGAUGGACACACCCAGGCAGAGGUCAGAAUCGCUAAGCAGUAGAUCUACCAUGGUCACCAGUUCUGGAGCGCCAAGGGCAUCCCCACAACGGACAUUUGGCGGAGGGAAGGCAGCCAUCAUCCUCAUCCUGGUUGGAGGCCAGUUUAUAUUCUGUUGGCUGCCAUUUUUUGCUUUUCACUUGCAUUCCGCUUCGAGCCAGAACUCAACCCCUCUGGGCCUCUGGGAAACAGUUGUCACUUGGAUCGGAUACACAUCCUUCAGCAUCAACCCCUUCUUUUAUGGGUGCCUCAAUCGACAGAUCCGAGGGGAGUUAAGCAAGCACCUCAACUGUCUCUUCAAACAGACUCUGGAAGAGGACCUUCGGCUGCCCAGUCGAGAAGGAUCCAUUGAGGAAAACUUCAUGCAGUUUUUGCAGAGGACUGGUUGCAACACAGAAACCAGAUCUAGCUAUGAUGCUUCCAGUCCAAAGUUAGACCAGUCAGCACUGGGUUUCAGGAUACCUGGUCAGAUUGCGGAAGAAACAUCGGAAUUUCUUGAACAACACAUACCCACUGACUUUACAAUGUCCAACAGCUGUAUUAGGAUGAGCAGGUCACCGAAACAUGAUGCUUAA